AUGUCGGACGAAGGAAUCAGGCGGCCAGCGCGGAAGCUGGACGAGUUCGAGGAGCUUGUCUACGAAUAUACGGGUCGCAUGGGCUUGGGCAGCGAAGAGCACUGGGACGUCAAUGCCCGCAACUGCAACCUCCGCUUCGAGUCCGCAACCCGCGGACCCCCAGCCAAGGUCUCCUUCCUACUGAACAUCACUCCAGCGCUCAGCAACUACAUAGGUAACCUUCACGGCGGGUGUGCGGCGACACUUAUUGACGUCUUAUCAACCACCAUCCUGCUGGGUGUCUCCGAGCCCGGCAAAUUCGCGCUCGGCGGCGUGAGUCGCAACCUCAAGGUGACGUAUUUGCGUCCUGUGCCGAUGGGGAUAGAGGCGCGCAUUGUAUGUGAAGUCAUCCACGUUGGCAAGCGGCUUGCGCUGCUAAGGGCGGAGAUUCAGAAAGCGGAUACUGGCGAUGUGUGUGUGGUUGGAGAACAUGAGAAGGCGAAUACGGAUCCUGAAGUGAACCAGAGGAUUUAG